UCAAAACCACGUUACUUUCAGUUUGGGACUUGGUCAGAAGCCUAAUAUUUUUAUACCUUAAUAACAAAUAGUAAAUUAUCAAAAUGGCUCAAGGUAAAAUGAAAGUGAAAAGCAAGUUACCUUCAGGUGCCAAAAACAAAACAAAAAAGUCCAAAGGAAAAGCCGUAACUAAAAGAAGCAAUGCCCCAGUCCGUAGUAAGACGCAGGCAAUAGAGAAAAAUAAGAUGAAGGCUACUGUAACGAAGAUGGUCAAUAAAGCUGCUGAGCAGCAAUUGCGGUCAUUGGCGAAGGACACUCCGCAGCUGUCUGCAGCUCAGCAGAGAGUAGCAGCUGCUCCAACAGCCCCUGUACCUUCUAAAUAAAUAUAUAACCCAAAAUGCCUGUGCUAAGGUUUCUUUUGCGUUGUUUUUAAUUAAAAAUCAGAGUGCAAAAUUAUUGAAAAAUGUGUGUAAGUUAUAUUAUCAAAAUUUUAAAGAGCACAUAUAAAGUUGAUUAAAAAAAGGUCAUCAUUUAAACUAAUAUUAUUGUAUAU